AUGGCUACCGCAGUUGCGACCCAUGAAAAUGUGUCGGAAGAACAAAUUUUCAUUUACAACUGCGUUUUAUGCGCUUCGUUUAUCAUACUGUACUACGAUUACCUUCUUACCUUUCCAGACGAGAUCGACUUCUACUGGAGGCCUAAAUUCAACUUCGCCCUUGGAUUUAUACUGUUCUUUGUGAACCGAUAUGUGGUCACUCUAGGGCAUAUUCCCGUCAUCUUGUUUUACUUCUGGAACUGGUCUGCGGUACCUGAUCGUUUUCAGGUCAUCAUCGGGAUUAUUUCAAUUAUUAGGACUUGGGCAUUGUUUCAACAAAGCCGUCGAGUUUUAGCUACGUUGUGUAUCCUCGCUAUCGGAGUCAUCGUCUUUGGAAAUGCGAUGGUCGUGGAACAAAAGAUCACAGAGACUCAGACAAAGUCUGUUCUUCUUUCUGUUGGAUGUAUUUUACCACAUCCGGACAAAAGGGUUAUGGUGCUAGCAUCUACCUCCGUCAUUAUGUCUUUCUAUCUUUUGCCGUCGUAUAUUCGAGGAAUAACGGCCACCUUAACCAACAUCUUAUCCUCUUCCAUGAUUUCCCGUUUGAUGAUCAACCUCAGAGACCCAUCCUCAGGAUCAAGCUAUUGGUCGCGAUAUCAUGACCAAACCCUCAUGUCUACCCUAUUUUUUGGACCUGGAAUCAGCGGGCUAACAGAAAUUUCUGACACAUCUACCUAUGAAGAUACGAAAGAGAUGGAUGAUACGCAAUACAGUGAAGAGCCAGGCACGUAUUGA